CGAGUCGAGAGAGAAUGAGGUAGUUUUUGAGACGUUCGAGUAUUCCAAAGAGUAAUUUGUGAAGAGAAGCUUUGAAAGCAAAACAGGCCAGAUAGAAUCGCAACUGUUUUUUCAUUCACGGUCGGUUCAAGAAAGAGAAUGGCAAAACAAUAUGAGGGAUGUGCGGUGGGAAUAGACCUUGGCACAACAUACUCAUGUGUUGCAGUAUGGCAAGAGCAACACAAUCGCGGGGAGAUCAUUCACAACGACCAGGGCAACACUAUUACUCCUUCUUGUGUUGCUUUUACUGACAACCAAAGGUUGAUUGGCGAUGCUGCUAAGAAUCAGGCUGCCUCCAACCCCACCAACACUGUCUUUGAUGCGAAAAGGCUGAUUGGUAGAAGAUAUAGUGAUCCCAUUAUUCAGAAUGAUCUAAUGCUAUGGCCAUUCAAGGUCAUUGCUGGUACUAAUGACAAACCGAUGAUCCUUGUUUCAUACAAGGGUCAGGAAAAACAAAUAUCUGCUGAGGAAAUCUCAUCCAUGGUCCUCACAAAGAUGCGUGAGAUUGCAGAGGCAUAUUUGGAGUCACCGGUGAAGAAUGCUGUUGUUACUGUUCCUGCUUAUUUCAAUGACUCUCAGCGUCAAGCUACCAAAGAUGCUGGUGCCAUUGCUGGCCUCAAUGUUAUGCGGAUAAUCAAUGAACCCACCGCUGCAGCUCUUGCAUAUGGCCUUGAAAAAAGAUCUAAUUGUGUUGGUGAGAGAAAUAUUUUUAUCUUUGAUCUUGGUGGUGGUACAUUUGAUGUGUCUCUCCUCACAAUUAAGGGUGAUGUCUUUGAAGUUAAGGCCACUGCUGGAGACACUCACCUUGGAGGAGAGGACUUUGAUAAUAGAAUUGUGAACUACUUUGCACAGGAGUUCAAGAGGAAGAAGAAAGUGGACAUUAGUGGGAACCCAAGAGCCCUGAGGAGGUUGAGAACUGUGUGUGAGAGGGCAAAAAGGACACUCUCAUACGCAGUUGAUACUGCUGUUGAAGUAGAUGCUUUAUUUGAGGGCAUUGACUUAUGUUCAUCAAUCACUCGAGCAAGGUUUGAGGAAAUCAACAUGGACCUCUUUACAAAAUGCAUGGAGACCGUAGAUAGGUGUCUUAUUGAUUCCAAGAUGGACAAGAGUAAUGUACAUGAUGUUGUUCUUGUUGGUGGCUCUAGUAGGAUUCCCAAGGUGCAGCAGUUAUUGCAGGACUUCUUCAAGGGGAAGGAUCUCUGCAAGAGCAUCAACCCGGACGAGGCUGUUGCUUAUGGAGCAGCUGUCCAGGCUGCUUUGUUGAGUAAAAGCAAUAGGUUUGUUCCGAAUAUAGUGUUAAUGGAUGUUACACCGCUGUCACUUGGUGUAUCAGUAGUAGGUGAUCUCAUGAGUGUGGUGAUUCCUAGGAACACUACCAUUCCUGUAAAGAAGACAAAAACUUUUGUUACAACUGUAGAUAACCAAUCAACUGCCUUGAUUGAGGUUUAUGAGGGUGAGAGGACAAGAGCCAGCGAUAAUAACUUGUUGGGUUCGUUUAAUCUUUCACUUCCUCCUGCUCCACGAGGCCUUCUUAUGGAAGAUUGCUUUGCUAUAGAUGCUGAUGGUAUCCUAACUGUUUCUUCUAAGGAAAAAGCCACUGGCAAUGAGAAAGAGAUUAUCAUAACCAAUGACAAAGGAAGACUAUCAAUUCAACAAAUUCGGAGCAUGAUUCAAGAAGCUGAGAAAUACAAGGAUGAAGAUGAGAAGUACCAGAAGAAAGUUACAGCAAUGAAUGCUUUGGAUGAUUAUGUUUACAAGAUACAGAAUGCUGUGUAUAAUAUUAAUAUCAGAUCUAAGCUUCGUCCAGAAGACAAAAUGAAGAUUAGUUCAGUGAUUGCGAAAGCCAGAAAUUUGCUUGAUAACAGCCAGCAGAUAGAAACAAAGGUGUAUGAGGAUUAUUUGAAGGAGUUAAAGAGCAUCUUUGGACCUAUUGUCAGGAUUGGCUAGUUCCUUUAGUUUGAGUGUGAAAAAUGCAGAACUUUAUGCAUCGUAUUAUCUUAGUAAAAUUUAAUAUCAGUAUACUUGAGAGUUUCCAGAAUUGAUCCUUGAACUCAUUUCUCCUCCACCGCUUGCUAAAACGAGACUAGAUAUGUUUAUAUAAGAGUAUGUGG